UAGUUAUCUGGGCUCUCCCGGAGCGAGGCUCUCAGCGGAGACUCUGAGGCGCUGAGAAGGAAGUCGUUCUCUGGUGAGUGUGACGCGCUCGCUCCAGUUUCCACAUGCUGAAAUUAUACUUCUUCAUCAGUUUGAUGUGCUUGGUGAGACCAGACACAGAGGAAACAUGUCCUUCAUUCACCAGAUUGAGCUUUCCCAGUGCAGUGAUUGGUACGGGACUAAACGUGAAGUUGUUGCUUUAUACAAGGAGAAAUCCGACCUGUGCACAAAUCAUCGACCCCACGGCCAUGGGGAACUUGAACGUGACGAAGAAAACCACCUUCCUUGUCCAUGGAUUCAGGCCAACAGGCUCCCCUCCAGUUUGGAUUGAGGACUUAGUAGAGGGUUUGCUCUCUGUAGAAGACAUGAACGUGGUUGUUGUCGAUUGGAAUCGAGGAGCUACAACUGUAAUAUACACCCAUGCCUCUAAUAGGACCAGAAAAGUAGCAAGAAUCUUGAAGAAAUUUAUCGACCAGAUGUUGGCAGCAGGAGCUUCUCUUGAUGACGUUUAUAUGAUUGGAGUAAGUCUAGGAGCCCACAUAUCCGGGUUUGUUGGAGAGAUGUACAAUGGGCAGCUGGGGAGAAUUACAGGUCUCGACCCUGCGGGCCCUUUAUUCAACGGGAGACCUCCCGAGGACAGAUUAGAUCCCAGUGAUGCACAGUUCGUUGACGUCAUCCAUUCUGACAUUGACGCACUGGGCUACAGGGAACCAUUAGGAAACAUAGACUUCUACCCAAAUGGAGGAUGGGAUCAGCCUGGUUGUCCCAACACAAUAUUUGCAGGAAUACAGUAUUUUAAGUGUGACCACCAGAGGUCUGUGUACUUGUUCCUUUCUUCCCUGAGAGAGAACUGUGCUAUCACUGCAUAUCCCUGUGACUCCUACUGGGACUACAGGAAGGGCAAGUGUGUCCAGUGCGGCACACCACAAAAGGAGUCCUGUCCCCUUCUGGGCUAUUAUGCUGAUAAUUGGAAAGACUAUUUAAGGGCGCAAGAUCCUCCUAUGACUAAAGCGUUCUUUGACACAGCCAAGGAGAAGCCGUUCUGCAUAUAUCAUUACUUUCUGGAUAUUAUAACUUGGAACAAGAACAUAAGAAGAGGGUCCAUAACAAUCAAAUUGAAAGACAAAGCUGGAAACACCACAGAGUCCAAAAUUGAUCAUGAACCCACAACGUUUCAGAAAUACCACCAAGUGAGUCUACUUGCAAGAUUUAACCAAGAUCUGGAUGAAGUGGCAGACAUUUCCUUGGUGUUCUCUACAGGAUCUGUAAUAGGCCCGAAGUACAAGCUCAGAAUUCUCCGAAUGAAGUUAAGGUCACUUGCCCAUCCAGAGAGGCCCCAGCUGUGUCGGUAUGAUCUUGUGCUGAUGGAAAACGUUGAAACAGUCUUCAAACCUAUUCUUUGCCCCAAGUUGCAAAUGUAACUGUUGUCAGGACACGUGGGCACCAGUAACAUCAAGAAAGCUACAACUACAGGCUUUUUAAAAGCUUCACCUAGCCUUUUCCUCAAGGCACAAAAAGUAUGGAAUAACCAGCGUUUUUCCAUUAGUUGUCCUCUGGAUGUCACAUUGCAAAAUGUCAAACGAUCUUGGAUUAUAAAACAGUCUGGGGAAGGGAGCCCCUAAGUAGGGCAAGUCAGAAAUAGCCAGGCUCCCGACAGCUCAGUGCCUUGUCUGGCUGUGUCCUGGGGCCUCCUUUGUUCCAACCUGUCAAUUCUGCUGUCUGUCACUCCGGCAAUUCUGCCCAUGAUGGCGGUCAGUCAGCGUCCUACAGGGAAGGGCUGACUGGAGACUUCACUUUGGACUCGACUCCACCUUCCUUGUGCCAAAUUCCUCCAGGUCCCGCAUGUAGAAAGGCAUGGAAACCGACCUACCUCACAGGGCUAUUGUGUGGGUUUGGGAGGCAAGUGUGUGGAGGGCUAUUUGAAACCCUAUGGGUGCCACAUCCGUGAGUGGUUUGAUAAAUGUGAAUAUGCUUUUAUUUAUUUUGAUAUGGUUUAUCUAAGAUGCAAUAAGAGAGCUUCUCCUAAUCAACAUCAGCUUUUCUCUUGGGCUGUUUGCUCUGGGAUGGCAGGAAAGCCUUACCCCUGGCUUCUCACCUUUUCUAAAUUGGGGUUGGUGUAGGAGGAGGUGGGGACAGCAAAGAGGGCAGCUGCUGGGACUAGAUAGUGAGAGGAGGAAGGAAGACGGGCAGGGGAAGCAGUGGGCCAGCCUCGCUCACAGUGACCAGGGAUGGAGAGAGAGGCAGGCGAAAGCAGGCAGAGCUCGUUUUUCACUUAAGGUAAAGAAGGAUCACUUUAUAGGCAAUCUUCAUUUUAAGCAAUUCUUAACAAAUGUUUCUUUUUCCUUAUUACUAAUGCAAUCCAUGAUUAUUGAAGGAAAUUUAGAAAAUGCAUAGAUGCAAAGUGAAAACGUGCUAUCCAUAAUCCCACGUGUUAGAGGUAAUUAACGUUAACUUUUGGAGUAAUGUUAGCUUGUUUUGUUAACAUGGGAAUUCAAAGCAUGAACCGGUUUGCCUGUUGGAGCAUCUGAAGCCUUCAGUCUGAGGAAUUCUUAGGCUUCUCCAGGGGUAGGUGUGAUCUGUGAAUCUGGAAUGACAACAGCAGCCAAGUCAAGAGGCCCCAGAGGGCCAAGGCCAGAGAUGUCAGAACCAAGAGACGAUGGUCCCUGUGGUCAGAUGCCCAGUACAGUGACAGAGCCAGAGGGGUGGACACCACCCAUCCCAUAACUGCGGCCACUGAGGAAAGGUUCCUGGGAUUCCUGAGUGUCACAAGUCCCACUCGUAACUUCCUCCUCAUCCAAAUGAUGGUUCUUCUACUGUUUCCUGUGAGAGCAGCCUUUAUUUUAAAGAAGUGGACUCUCUAUUUCAUAAAUUAUAGAACUCUGUAAAUAUAUUCCUGUGUGGCACAUCUUACAGAUUUAUAUAGGUAGCAAAUAUGGAGUCUAUUUCACUUAAGUGAGUAAUGCCUGCAGUGAAUGGCUGAACUCUGACAGCAGUAAUGCUCAGUGAUGCUCCUGCCCACUUGGACAUCUUAUCAACCUUCCUCCUGCCCAUGUUUGCUCAGCAAUUGUGGGCAGAGAGAUCAGUGUGCUGAUAAGCCCUGAUUUCUUUGUAGCGUUUUACUGGUCCUGUAUUUUGAUUAGCAUGGUCACUUCUUUGUCCUCUUUGCCUUGCCUGGUAAGCAGGGGGUCAAAACAACAGCAAGAAAAUGCCAAGAAUAGAAUUUCUAUCAAUUUAGAAACUUCUUGGCCCAGUGGAUCUCUCUUAGCUUCUUCUCCUAGUGUCUCAUGGCACAUUACCUGGCUCGCUGUGGAAUGGGUGGAUGGAUGAACAAAUGGAUGAAUGAAUGGAUAAAUGGAUGAGUAAAGGAAGGAAGGAAAUUUGUUCACUGGAGUGGAAGUGAAUUUCAAUGAGUUUCAUAUAACAGUGAUCCGGAGAAAUGAAGACAGUUACAAGUGUGGUCCCUCUCUUCUAGAGUCUUUCUCCCAAGGCCCCUGGAACUUUUCACUGUCUCUUGUUAUCUCUGCCUCUCUCCCCUUCUCUUGGUCAGUGUAUCUGCCUGAAUCCCAAAUCCAAUUAAAUUGCAGUCUACCCUCUUCCCUCCCGUCUUCACCAAUUAUCUCCUGCUUAGCUUGAUUGUCACUUCAGGGAAGUCUUCUUGGACCUCAUUUCUCCAUGUAGCACACCGUACCUCUCCUUUUUAGCACUUUUUAAGUUGUAUUUUAAAAAUAUUUAUUUGUGUGAUUAUUUGAUUAAUGUCUGUCUUUCCACUACUGCUCUGCAAGGCAGGGGGUGCGUGCCUAGUGAGGUACCUACAAUAUAGUCUGUGCUCAGGAAAUAUUUAUUAAAUAAACACUGUCUUGUGAGCCCUG